UCUAGGCUCCAACCUUUAGAUGAACAACUGCCUUUCAUUUGAUAGGAGAUAUAGGCCAACAACAGGGUGUGCUUCUAGGUAUACUUUAAAAUAGCCAGUGAUGUCAAAGCUUUUACAGCAACAUUUGUCAGACCAGAAAGCAAAUAUUGUAUGAAGCUCGUGAAGGACCAGACAAGCAAUACUCUCCACAUGGACUUUUACAUGGUCUUCUUUAUAAUUCAUAUCUAUUUUUACUCUAUAACACCUGGGAUGUUGGUUGGAUUUUUUUUUAGACUGAAAUUGUGAUUUUGUCUUUUGAGUUUCUUUGACAGUUAAUGUGCUGGAAUAAUUGUACAUUUAUAUAAUGCCAAUUGAACAGUUUUCUGAGACACAAGAGGGAGACUGUCCAUUCCAAACUGGGGAGCCACAUAAAAAAAGUAACACAAGGAUACCGGAUUGCUAUGGGUCUAUGGUGGAGAAAGAGCUUAUGGCUUAUUCACAGGAAAGUCUCUGCACGGAGAGGAGUGAUGGAAUAAUGCUUACACCAGAUGAGGAAGAAACUCCAACUGGUCUUGGAAUAAAAACAGAGAUGCAUCUGACGAAUGACACAUGUUCAUCAGAAGAUGAGGACCUUGAUAUCAUUUAUAGGAAGGAUAGAGUUAUUUGCAAUAAGGCAGCACAGAAAAAAUCAAUCACACAGAUUAUUAAGGAUAAGAAGAAACAGACACAACUCACUUUACAAUGGUUGGAAGAAAACUACAUUGUAUGUGAAGGGGUAUGCUUGCCAAGGUGUAUACUGUACGCACAUUAUCUAGAUUUCUGCAGAAAGGAGAAAUUGGAGCCAGCUUGUGCAGCGACUUUUGGAAAGACAAUUCGACAGAAGUUUCCUCUUCUGACCACAAGAAGACUGGGCACCAGAGGACAUUCAAAAUAUCAUUACUACGGCAUUGGCAUAAAGGAAAGCAGUGCAUAUUAUCAUUCAGUGUACUCUGGAAAGGGGCUGACAAGGUUUUCUGGCAGCAAGUUGAAGAGUGAGGGUGGCUUUACCAGAAAGUAUUCCCUUAGCUCAAAGACUGGAACUCUACUACCAGAAUUUCCUAGUGCACAGCAUCUUGUUUUACAAGGAUGUUUAUCUAAAGAAAAGGUAGACACACUUAUCAUGAUGUACAAAACACACUGUCAAUGCAUACUUGACAACGCCAUUAAUGGAAAUUUUGAGGAGAUCCAGCACUUUUUACUGCAUUUUUGGCAAGGGAUGCCAGAUCACCUGCUACCUUUGCUUGAAAAUCCUGUUAUAAUAGAUAUAUUUUGUGUUUGUGAUUCUAUUCUUUUCAAGGUUCUCACAGAUGUCCUUAUACCAGCAACAAUGCAGGAAAUGCCUGAAAGUUUACUAGCUGACAUAAGAAACUUUGCUAAACACUGGGAGCAAUGGGUUACUACAUCAUUGGAAAACCUUCCAGAAUCACUCUCAGAAAAGAAACUGCCAAUUGUUAGAAGAUUUGUGUCAUCCCUGAAGAGACAGACUUCAUUCUUGCACUUAGCACAAAUUGCACGGCCAGCUUUGUUUGAUCAGAAUGUGGUAAACUCCAUGACUGCAGACAUCGAGAAGGUAGAUUUGUACAGCAUUGGAUCUCAGGCUCUUCUUAGCAGUUGUAAUGGUGCUGAUUCGGACAGUGAGGUCUACACGGAGCGUGAAAAAAUCAGUGUCUUUCAUGAACUAAAAGACCUUUUGAAGAAAAAUGCAACAGUGGAGUCCUUCAUUGAGUGGUUGGAUAAUGUUGUAGAGCAAAGAGUUAUUAAGACGAGCAAACAAAGUGGCAAGUCACUGAAGAAGAGAGCUCAGGAUUUCCUGUUAAAGUGGAGUUUUUUCGGUGCCAGAGUUAUGCACAACCUAACAUUAAACAACGCAUCUAGCUUUGGUUCAUUUCACCUAAUACGAAUGCUUCUUGAUGAAUAUAUUCUACUUGCUGUGGAGACACAGUUUAAUAAUGAUAAAGAACAGGAACUUCAGAAUCUGUUAGAUAAAUACAUGAAGAAUGCAGAUGCAAGUAAAGCAACAUUUACAGCAUCUCCUAGCUCUUGCUUUCUUGCUAGUCGCAACAAAACUAGUAGUCUUCCAAAUGAAUCCACUGUCAAAAAUGAGUGUCAGCAAGAACAAGGUUACCCAGCAAUGUCACCAGAUCACCAUGCUGGUCUUGUACGUGGACUGCACACCUUCUCGAAUGAAGAUAGCGAAAAUAUUCCAAUUACAGAUCAGAUGGACGUUACUCAAAGUACAGCUCAUUUGAUGACUCCACCAAUGUCACCUGCUAUGUUAAAUCGUGGUAGUGUUAUAAACCAAGGACCAAUGGCUUUAAGGCCUUCUAGUGCAGGCCAAGGACUAGCUAGUCAUUCUCAAGUUUCUUCAUUUUCUGAGCCACUCUACCAGAACCUUCCUCAGUCUAAUCAAAACUACUUGUCAUCUGGAUCAAACUACCAAGCCAUGUUCCGAACUCAUGCUCAGACUACUCCUGGAGCCUUCCAUCACAGAUUGGAUCGUUACCAGCAGAUAAAUGAGCAGCAGGCUUCACGAGAUUAUUUCAGCAACAGUUGUGCAGUGACUUCAUUUAGUGCUCGUCCUUCCUCAAAUUAUGGAAAUUCAUCAAAUCCUCAAGAAAUUCAGAGCAUGCAGUUUUUGAAUGCUAGUGGAUUCAAUUUUCUAAAUGGUUCCGGAAGCUGCCAAGGAGGAGCCUAUUCUUCAAACACACCUAAUGGAUACUAUGGAAAUCAUUUAGGCUAUUCAGAGUCCCAUCGACUUGGAUCAAUGAUUGACCAACAUGUAUCUGUGAUUAGCAGCAUUAGUUCUAUACGUCCAUUGCAUUCUUUUAAUGAUAUUCAUGAUCCACUCAAUAUUUUAGAAGACAGUGGAAGAAAGCAGUUGGGAUCUUAUUAUACAGAAGCAUCACCUCCUAUUCUCUGUCGCAAUUCAAUGGCAGGUUCAAAUAUGCAAAGUGUGAUAUCCGCCCCCACCUCCCAAUGCAUGUAUGGAAUGACAGAACAAUAUGGCCCUCAAGAAUCACUGGAGACCCAUGUCCAGUCUAGUGACAUUAGGGAGAUAAUGUCCUCUUUACCGCCAAUCAAUACAGUCUUCAUGGGAACAUCUUCAGAAAAUGCAUAAGUCAAUUCUGAGAAAAUAAGUAAAAACUAUACUUUACAAACCUAAAUUAUACUUAUUUAUCCACAUUCCUGACAGCUUUGGUAUUAUUAUUAUUAUGAACGAUGGAAAUGAGACAUUGGGAUAAUCAGCUCAGUGAGGGACACUAGACCAUGCCAUUUGGGUUAUACUGCCUCUUUUACUAUGUUUAGGUAAAAAAAAAAAUUCCCUAGAGGAAUACUGUAACUCAGGUAGCCUUAGCACCACCUCACUUCUGAACCCACCUUUUCUUCAACCUGCUCUCCUUCUUUAUAAGGUUAACUAAAGGAAAACAUGUGGUACCCCUAACAAUACACUUAGCCAUACCUACAUCCAUCUUUCUCCUCGGUUGAUUGUGGUCCUUCUCUUGGGUUUGCAUUCUGGGUAAAAUUAAUUUCUCUACUCUUUUGCAGGGAUAUUUCCUGACACACCCCUCAUAAUAUUAAAUCUUUUGCCUUUUAGCCAAAGCCAAAUGCUUAAUCUAAACUUACUACUUUUAUCUGUUUCUUUAUUUAUAGACAUAUUUUGAUGUCUCCUAGUGUAUUCUUUCCCUAUAGCCAAGGGAUUGGUAUUUCAGUGUUGGACCUUUAUAAUAUUAAAACAUUUAUAGUACACCACUUUGCUUACCGUUUAUCUGUUGGACUAAAUCAUCUCCUAUUUAGUACUUGUGGCCCCACCAGCAUUUUUCUAUGCAACCCAGUGGGUUGAAUGGAACAAAAAAAAACGUAAAAGUAAAGUUGGUAUAGCGAUCUCCCCUGUUGAGCUGUUGUGUUCUGACACUUGGCCAUUGGCUGAGAGCGCUGAUCAGGAGUUGGUCAGCUGCUGGCUUUCCAGCAUGCUCGUCUGACAGAAGCCGGCCAAAUGGCUGGCUUCUGUUGGACAGGGUGGCCUACACACUGGCCGAAUGUCAGCUGUUUUUCCUGAACCAGACGAUGUUUCCCUACAUUUGGCCCGUGUGUACAGGGCUUUAUUUUACAUUCCUGUGUUCAUCAAAGGAUGAUAAAUAAAAGAAAAUAUUUGUAAUUACAGUAAAAUCUUUUUCUGCCUCUCUAUAUUUUUUGGUCUUAUGUAUUACUUGCUCAGUGACUGGCUUAUCUUUUUUAGUAUUUUGCCAGUAUCCAAACCUCUUGUAGUUGACAGUAUAACCCAUAUGUCAUAGACUAUUCUACAGUUCUGUGUCCCUUGAUGAACUCCAAUAAAAAGAUUUUACAUAGUUAGUCUGGCUGAAAAAAGACACAAGGCCAUCUAAUUACAUUUUUGUACAAUAAGUACAAAAGUUUUCUAAUUGUUACUAACCGCAGUGUACAUGUAUAUUUAUUGUGCAUGCAACCUUGUACUGUAACUAGUGAUGAAUUAAUGGUUUUGUAAAUCAGCAAUAGGGAAAAUUCCUAAAAAAAAAUAUUCAUUGGUAUAUAUACAUAUAGAUUUUUCUGAACUGCAGAGAAGCGUACAAUUAGUGAAUUAGAAUUGCCUGGAUUUUUGAAUUUUCUGGUUUUACUGAUCAUGGAGGUCUGAAUGCUAAUACUCAGGUACUGUAAAUGAAAAAUUACCCAAUAAGGUAUUAUAAGGAUUAACAGAACAAGAUAUGUAAUGAGCAUAGCAUAUAUACAUAUUAUCCUAUUGCCUGGCCCAACAGUAUAAAAUGUGAUACAAAAAAUUAGAUAAUUAUAGUUUGCUGACUGAAUAAACAGCCCCUAAAAUAAACCUGAAGAUGAAAAAAAAAAAACACAACAAAAUUUAAGUUAUCCUUUUUAGUAUAUUCCAACAUUUAUUCACAAAUAUAAUUUUGACAGUUGAUGAUGUAUUUCAAAACAUGGAUGUGGAACUUUAAGAGUUUUAUACAAGUGAAUUGCCACACUUACAUAUGGGCUCCUGUUAGUAAAAAUGGA